AUGGCUGAGUCCAGUAAGCCUGUCCUCUACUCCUAUUUCCGAAGCUCCUGCUCCUGGAGAGUUCGAAUUGCUCUGGCCUUGAAAGGCAUUGACUAUGAGACAGUACCCAUCAACCUUGUGAAGGAUGGGGGACAGCAGUUCUCUGAAGAAUUCCAGGCCACGAAUCCCAUGAAGCAGGUGCCAGCCAUGAAGAUAGACGGAAUCACCAUCAGCCAGUCACUGGCCAUCAUCGAGUACCUGGAAGAGACUCGGCCUACUCCACGACUCCUGCCUCAGGACCUGAAGAAGAGGGCCAGUGUGCGCAUGAUUUCAGACCUCAUUGCUAGCGGCAUCCAGCCCCUGCAGAACCUGUCUAUCCUGAAGCAAGUGGGUCAGGAGAACCAUCUGGCCUGGGCUCAGAAGGUCAUCUCUUCUGGCUUCACUGCUCUGGAGAAGAUCCUGCAGAGCACAGCAGGGAAGUACUGUGUGGGAGACGAGGUUUCCAUGGCUGAUCUGUGUCUGGUACCCCAGGUGGCAAAUGCUGAAAGGUACAAGGUGGAUCUCACUCCCUACCCCACCAUCAGCCAUAUCAACAAGACGCUGCUGGCCUUGGAGGCCUUCCAAGUGACUCACCCCUGCCGACAGCCAGAUACACCUCCUGAGCUGAGGGCCUAGCUUGCAAACCCUGCC